ACUCAAGUUGCAUCCUUCUCUUGUUUUAUUAACUUCUUUUUCUUAUAUUUCUGAAGAAUUGUUUGAUCAACUUAGACCAUGUGCUUUAGACAGAUACAAUUUCUUGCUAUUUGAUGUUCUUAUAUGUCCUGAGUUUUGUCAAUCCUCUUUAGGUAAUUUGAUUCCCAGUUUCUGAUAUGAAGUUUCUAAUCAACAAUCUGCUGAUAACUGUUUCAUUAAUCAAACUGCAUCUUUCUCUUAUAUUAGUAACUCUGCUCUUUUUCAGAACAUUGAGAUCAAUCCCAUCUGGAGUUCGCCUGAAGCUUUUGCUUCAAAGCAAGAAAUCUGCAGCUAUGAAGGAAAUGGCUCAAACUAGGAGGCUUAAUAAGGAAUGUGAAGAGCCAACAUUUGGUGUUGGAAGCAUUGGCAAAGUAAGAGUUCUCAUGAUGCAAGAGUUGGAUUCCGUGUCUUCUAAAAGAAGACCUACCAAUGCUACUGUGCCAGUUUCAGUCUACUGUUGUGAGAAAAGAAAAAGAUCAGUACAAGUCAAGAAGACUAAAUCUGAUCAGAGAAACAGCACUAGUACUGGUUGCAAAAGCAGCAAUUUAAGCAGUGAUAAAAGAAUAUCAUCAGGAAUAAGCAGUCGAAAGAAAGUUCUUCAUCAAAGUCCAUCUGCUCAAUCCAUUCCUAUGUUGGAAUCAGAAGACAUUUCUCUGGAAAGAACUCCAGCCAGAGGCUGUCAAGAGAGGCGAAAAACUCGAAUAGUCGAAAUUGUGGAUCUAAAAUGUGGGAAUUCUGAGAAAGGAUGGUCUUCUCCUAUUACUGAUCAGCUCAGAAGGCUCAGUUUCUCAAAGCUUUCUGAUUGAUCUUGCAACUUUUUCAUCAAAAUCUAUUCAACUUGUUAAAUGGUACUGCAGAGCUGAUGAAUGCUCCUGAAAAGCAAGCCAUUUGUAAUAGAUUUAACAAGUCACAUUCGCUUUUUGUGCAUGUCACAAAAUUGUAAAAGGGAUUUGUCAAGCAAUGUCAUUUCCAGGACAUUUUCAUGGAGACAGCUUAUACGCAUUCUUAUUUCAAAUAAUUGGAUCAAUGUGCAAUACACAAGCAUCUAAAUGAGAACUUAUGGAUGAAAAUUGCUGGUUG